AUGGAACCAAAUGAAAAUACUCCCUUGUUGCAAAUUGAUGAAAAUAAUGACAAUAAAGUAAAUGAAAGUAUCAACAGUAAAUUAAAUAAUGAAGACGCGGAAUCAAGUGAUUCUAACAGCUGUACUGAGGGCACCAAACGACGUUCUAGACUUCCUUUCCAUUAUCCACCUGCCCAUAAAAAUGCCCGUGUACGUCGAGAAGCUGGUUCAAAAGGAAUUGCAACAUAUCAUCGGUACAGAUAUUACAACAAAUUAGCAGGGACCCAUCUAUUGACACUCUGGAGUAUUCCUGAUCAUGUUGUUCCAGAAACGUUUUUCUUUCCAUUUGCUCCAAUCAUCAAACCUAGUGGAAAACAAAAUAGUGUCAUUACUAUAUUUUCAAUUUGGAAUACAAUGAUGGGUUCUUCCUUACUUAGUAUACCUUGGGCUAUUCAGCAGGCUGGUUUUGCUGGAGGCAUGAUUAUUAUGUUUGCUAUGGGUAGCAUCUGUUUCUACACUGCAUACAGAAUAGUCAGCUUACGUUGUGUUGCAGAUUUUCCCAAAACAGCUGUGGAAUUUCCUGAUCUUUGCAGACAUUUGUUGGGCAAAUGGGCUGAAUGGGUUGCUACUUUUUUUUCUCUGAUACCACUACUUGGUGGAGCAGUUGUCUAUUGGGUUCUGAUGUCCAAUUUUCUUUACUUUAUUGGUGUUUAUGCUUAUGAAUCUUUAAAACCAGGAGGGAAAGAUGCUAUCAUGCUGAAUUCCAACUAUUCAGAUGUAUAUUGCCCGGGCUCAAUUCCUAUCAAUGGCUCUUCUGAUAUGCAAUUGGUUCUUAAUGGUGGAAACAGCACAAAUGAAAUAUUCUACGAAUAUUGGGAUAUGGAUAGUACCAUACCUUUCUAUAUUGCAGCUUGUUUUGCUCCUUUAGUCAGUUUAAAAUCACCAACAUUUUUUACUAAAUUAAAUGCAUUAGGUACAUUAUCUGUGAUCUAUCUGAUGAUAUUCAUCGUUAUAAAAGGUGUCAAAUGGGGAGUUCAUUUUAAUACUGUAGACAAAACUUUGCCAGACUUUGUUCACUUGUUCCAAACUACCUUUCCUGUUCUUGUUGGAACUUUAUCCCUAUCAUUCUUUAUACACAACUGUGUUUUAUCUAUCAUGAGGAAUCAAAAGAAACCUGAGAAUAAUGCUCGAGAUUUAGCCAUUGCUUAUGUUCUUGUUGGUGCUACAUACUUAGUUAUUGGUGUUAUAUUUUUCAUUACAUUCCCUUUUGAAAAAAGUUGUAUUGAAGAUAACUUGUUGAACAAUUUUCGUAGUAAUGAUCUGCUAGCUGUGAUAACAAGAGUAUUCUUACUCUUUCAAAUUUUAACUUUGUAUCCUUUGAUAGUCUACAUUUUAAGAGUACAAAUCAUGCAUUUUGCUUUUGGAUCCAUUUAUCCAAGCUGGAAACACGUGUUUGCCUUGAAUAUGGUAGUGCUAACAAUAUGCAUUCUUUUCAAUGUGUAUUUACCAAGAGUUGGAACUAUCAUCAGGUAUUGUGGAGCUAUUUCUGGAUUAGCAUAUAUUUUUACAUUACCGUGUGUAACAUAUAUGAAAGCUCUAAAAGAAAAAGGACAGCUUACUAUGACAGUUUUAUUUUUACAUAUCUGUAUUAUAAUUCUAGGAAUCUGCAAUUUCAUUUCUCAAUUUUUUGUUCAUGCAGUUUAAAUGUUUGUAUGAUGAAUUUACACUUUGCAACAUCUCAUUUUUAUUAUCAUUUUUACAUACCCAAACUUAUUUGUCAAAAUGUUGCAAUAAGGUUGCAUGUAAAAAUGUGUAAUGUAAGCUUUAUUGCUUAACUUUUAUGCGAACAAAGUCAAUGUACACUGAAAAGUACAUUUGAAUAUGAAUUUAUCUAAGUAAUCUCAUAUUGUGACCGCAAAGAUAAUUUUAACUGCAGUUGUACAUUUAAAAUUAACAUUAUUUACAGUGAUAGGUUUGAAUGGGAUUAAAGGAACGUAUGUGUGUGUGAGGGGUGCAUUCGUAAAAUUUCCAGUAUCUGAACACCAAUAUGAAUUAGUCAUCUAUUAGUCAUCUUGGCAGGGGUUUUAAGCUAUAUCAGCAUUCCUAAUAUUUUAAUGUAAGGAAUGUUAUGAUACCCCUCCCCCUCCCCCCUCUUGCAGAAGAGAGUUUUUGGUUACGUUAUGGAGUUGACAAUAAUGACAAAUUUGUUUUAGAUUCCUGAUAAACAAUUAUUACUUCAGCUGUAAGCUACAAAGACGAUGUCCUGAACUUAAACUAUGUAUAUUGAAGGUCAGUUGUUUGAAAACUGAUUAUUUCUUUCGUAGAUGAAUGAUUUUACUCUUCAGUUUUUCUAAGAGAAUUCUAAAAAAUUAUUGGAUGAGUGAUAUAUAAAUGAGUACAGGAUAAAUAUGCGUAGUAUAAAAAUGAAAAUUAGUGCAAAAAUAGAAGUAAAGUAUUUUAUUUGAAAGGAAAAUGAACACUGGAUGGUUCUGAUACCAGUGCACUCUCCUCAUGUAUGAAUGUAUGUAUGCGUCAAUAUACUUAAAAUUGUCACCAGGAAACAAAAUUGUGGAUCAGAUUUUGUAUGUGUCUUUGCCUCUUAAUGAAUUACGUAGUUAAAUCAGUUAUAUUCAAAUACUACUUAUGCAUUAGUAAACUUAUUUUUAUUCAAUGAAAGCAUAGUAUAAACUUGUGUAAGUUUUCUGGAGCUUUGAAUUACUCAUCAACUGAAAUGAAAUUGUAUUUUAAGUACUUGAAUGUGUAGUUAAUGUUGUACAGUGUGAUUCAACAAAGAUACGGAAACCAUUUAACAGAUGAUGGAACUUAAAAAAAAAAAAAAAAAAAAAACUUUUGCAAUGUGCGUUGGUAAGAAAACAUUGCAUCACAAGGUGAAAAUGGAGGAAAUGAAAAAAAUGAGAGGAGUGAUGAACUAAAGACUCUUUGGUCGAAAGAACUUCACUGGGAAUGAUUUGGAAGAUGGAAGUUUUUUUACUUAUGUUUUUCUUUCAGACAAUUUUAUUGAGCUUAACAAUGAUGAAAGAACUGUUUUUACAAAUUAAAUUUUAUAGUAGGUCUUAUUUUUAAGAUGUGAAAUUUUGUGAAGUGGCUGCUUAAAUUCAUGAAGGUGCCGCAAAACUGAUCCAAAUUGGAUCUGAAUGGACACCUGGCAUACUUUUAAUACUCAUACUAUUUUUCGUGCAUAUUAUCGCCAAAAAAUGCAAUUGAAAGGCCAUUCAUGUUUUUAUUCAGAUGUGAAAGCGUUUAUUUGCGUGAAUAAAAAAAUUUUGUGCAUAUUUGGAUGAUCUUAUUAUGCUUAUAAUCUGAGCUCCAUUUGGAAGAAAUGCAAAACUAUUGAAACAUUUAGCAGUUUAUCUGCUUGAGCAAUUUGAUGAUUUUGCCACCUAAAACAAAAAACUUAGGUGCCAAUGAUGCUUAACUUUUAUAUCCUAAUUUUAAACUUUGUUUCCAUUCCAAAUUGUAGGAUUAAAUCUUUUUCUUUUGAAAAGUUCUAUCCUGUCAAAAAUUUUCUCAUCUAUUUGAAUCACCCAGUAUAUGUUUAAUUAGUGCCAAUUGUUUUAUAAGAAUAUUCCAAGAAAGUACAAAAGAAAGGAUGUUAAUGAAGUAUUUCUAUAUUCUUUAGUAUUUUAUUAUUUAAUGGUGAAAUGUGCUUAAUGAGCUUUAUUUUAUACAUAGUCAUUAUAGUAUUUAUUGGUUUCAUAUUUUUUUGGUGCGUGAUGGCAUAAAUCUGGGGUGACCAACUUGUCUACCAUUAAGAUUAAGUUAAUGUGUUAACAAGGUGCCGUGAUCUACCUUCAAAAUUUUGAAUUUGUUGUUGUGAG